AUGCCUGGGAGGAGGCAGGCCGAGCAGCAGUACUACCACCACCACAUCCCCCCACAGACACACUCGCCCGUCCACCAUAACCCCUAUGCCGCGCCCUACCACCACCUUCAGCAGUAUGGCCCGCCUCAUGGCUAUCCCCAGCACAUGCAGCCUAUGCAGCAAUGGUACCCCUACCAGCAACCCCCGCCGCCGCCUCAAUAUGCCAUGCCUCCGCGCCAGUUCCAGCCUCAGCCGCAUGCCUCGCCCGUUGUAGUCUCGUCACAUCUGCACAUGGUCCCGCCAGUCAACCGUGCCAUGGGCCAGACGCCUCCCAUUGUCCAUUCGCGCACCCCGCCUGUCCCCCGCAUUCCUACCCCCCAGCAGGCUCCCUCGACUCCCUCGGUGCAGCCCCACGUAUAUAUGCCGUCUUCUUCGACACCCCAGCCAACUCCCACUGUCGACAGCCCGCCGCCCGCUGUUGAGUCAAAGCCCACGCCACCAGCCCCGUCCACCCCACAAUCCAUCACGUUUAAGCCCUUCUAUCCGCCUCUGCCCUGGCUCUCUGUGCCAGAAUCAGACUUUCCAGUGCGCGCAUCGCGCGGAAAGAGACGGCGAAGGGCCCCGGUAUCCACAGAGGAGCAAUCUUUGGCUUUGCCCUCACGCGACCAGGCUAGCGAGGAGGAUGCCUCGAACGAAAUUGAGGAAGACACAGAAGGUGACAGGACUCCCACGGAAGAACCAGAGGAAUCUCAGGCAUCCACAAUUGCGGGUCCAUCUGAUGCUGAAGUCGACACCCCCUCCACCUCACACCCACCUUCAGAAGUCGAUCUAGCUCAGUCUGCAACCCCAUCUACUGCUACGCCAUCAGGUUCACAACAGGCUGCCCCUGUCACGGCUGCUGCCAAAAAGCAUGCCCGCAACCCUACCAUACCUGCCGUACCCCGUGUCCCGAUCAAGCCCGCAAAGGCGUCCAGUGCAGCUUCUACCACGCAGCAGUCCAUCAAGUCGCCAGCUGCGGCUCAACCAGAGUUGUCGCAAAUCGACGAUGCUGCAACAACGACGACUGAGGAAGCCGCGCCUAAUGCUGAAGAAAAGCCCAAGCCAGCUGCGCCAAAAUCGUGGGCAGAGUUGUUGAGGGCAAAGAAUGCUACCAAAGCAGCCCAGCCUGUUGCACCACCAGCCGCCACCCCUGCGCCAGUUACCAAUGGACCUGUUGUGCAAAAAAGCAACACUCUCGCAGAUGUCUUGGCAUCCUUCUCAGUCGAUUCGGAAAAGAAGGUCUCUUUCAUUGAACCGCGUGGUCUCGUCAACUCGGGCAAUCUUUGUUACAUGAACUCGAUUCUUCAAGUCCUUCUUUUCUGCGUCCCGUUCUACGAUUUCCUCGACCAAGUCGCCAAACGUGCUGUGCAUAGUUUCAAGUCUGAGACCCCUCUCAUAGAUGCUAUGAUUAUGUUCCUGCGAGACUUCAAGCUCAUUGACUCUGCGGCUACUGUUGAACAACUACGUCUACGACUGAAAAGCAACGACAUUGAGCAGUACGGCGAUCCUUUGGCUCCGGAAUAUGUAUACGACGUCAUCAAGCGCCUGCCCCGCUUCGAUAACAUGAAGAGAGGCCAGCAGGAAGACGCGGAAGAGUUCUUGGGUUUCCUACUUGCUGGAUUGCAUGACGAGUGUGUCCAAAUAAUUAAGAGCGGAAAGCAGAUUCAGCCUGCAGGCACAGUCACAUCAGAAAACAGUGAACAAACAGGCUCCGUGGAUGGUGGCUGGGAGGAGGUCGGCCACAAGCAAAAGACAGCCGUCACUCAAAAUUCUGGGGCUAUUGACAUUGAGAGCCCCAUCACCAAGAUAUUCGGUGGCAAACUUCGCUCUGAGUACAAGAGGCCGGGCGAGAAAGCUUCAGUCACGCUUGAGCCCUACCAGCCGCUCCAACUCGACAUUGGCGAACCAAACAUUAACAACAUUUCUGAUGCUCUCAAAAACCUUACACGUCUAGAAACACUAGACGGCGCCGCUCGCGGUGCCAAAGCAUCGACGAAACAAGUACACAUCGAGUCGCUACCGCCAGUGUUGAUCCUUCACCUGAAGCGUUUCCACUACGAUGAAAAAGGGCCCCAGAAGAUUUGGAAGAAGAUUGGCUACCCGCUCGAGCUGGAAUUACCCAAGGAGGUGUUCCCGCCACACAAGCGAGGAAGCUACCAGAUCCAAGGCGGCUUCCCUCGGUACAGACUUACCGGUGUUGUCUACCACCAUGGUAAGAAUGCUAGCGGCGGCCAUUACACUGUCGAUCUUCGACGCCAAGAAGGAAAGGAGUGGAUUCGCAUGGAUGACACCAUCAUCCGUCGCAUCCGCGCCGAGGAAGUGGCCGAGGGUGGCGCAGAAGAAGACCCCAAGGUCUUAGCUGCUGCCCUCGAGCAGCACAAGUCCGACGCUGGGAAGAGCAAGAACUUCUUUGCCCAGAUCGACAUGGACGAGGAGGAGCCUGACAAAGGCGGAUGGAACCAGGUGAAUGGAUCUGAGAAGCAGAAGGAUGGCAACAAGAAGUGGAGUGGUAUUGUUAACGGCGCAGCAACACCUAGUUCCGCAGGCAAGAGGACACCGCUGCUUAAAGAAAACGUGCGCGACAACAAGGUGGCGUAUAUCUUGUUCUACCAGCGCAUCGAAACCUGA